CCGCCGCCUCUCCCUCUUGGAAUGUCCUGAAUGGGGAAGGAUUCCCGCGUGGGAACUUUUUGCCAAACAGGAAAAAAAGAGCCCGUAAGGGGAAGAAAGGACGAGAUAGCAGCAAAGCCUUCAACUUCCUACUCCCGCCGCCAGUGCAGAUAUGGCGCGGAGGAAGCUUGCGAAGCACGUAACUGUUUGAAGACAACUAACGGCCCUUUGUGACCAUGGGCACGCGCCUUCCGCCACUCUGAUUGGUUGCGCGCUUCGAAGCGCUAUUGUCCCGCAAUAAUUAGCUCCCCUCGAGCGAAUGGUGUGACAUUCUCGUGGAGGUGCAGUGGCGGUCGCGCGCCAAAAAAAACAAAAAGGCGCGAGGCGGCGAAGAAAUGGCGUCGAGCGCUUCGGACCACCUACAGAAGGAAAGUGGUCCCAAAGAAGAAGAGGGAGCUGCCGGCACGUCUCCUGUCUCAUUGGAGAGCCCACCUAGAAAGGCGAAGGACCACCGUCUCUUUCGUCUCGGCGGGGAGGAAGACCACGGGGAGGAGGAAGCUGGGCCGCUGCCGAGGGAAUUCCCAUCCUACCUGGGAGCGCUGACCGGCCGUGAGAAGGUGGCUCUGUAUUGCGACGACCUCUUGAAGGGUUCCAAGGCAGAAGAUGCUAAUGAAGCUGUGAGUAAGUAUCUUGUAGAAAAAUUGAAGAUGAAAGAAAAUUGGCAUGGAAUUUGGAAAACCAACCCAGAACUUUUUUUUGUCAAUUCUGAAGAAAUUCCCAUACCUUUUAUUGGGGUGCUUGUUGAGGUUACUUGUAAACUGCCCAGCAAUCCUUCAGCUAAUUUCAAUGUUUCUGUAUCUAUAGCUGAACCUUUUUCCUCUAAUAUUGCAAAUAUUCCAAAACAGUUAGUUGAUGAAAUAUUAGAAGAAAUGGACUAUUGUGUGCCUCUUUUAGAAGUAUAUCCUGUUGAGGGACAGGAUAGUGUAGUGUUUGAUAUAGCCAAGGCUUUAGAAAUUGUGAGAUUUUUCUAUGACUUCCUUUGGAGAGAUUGGGAUGAUGAUGAAAAUAGUGAGACCUAUGCUGCAUUAAUAGAAGAGAGAAUUAAAAUUUGGUGUGAUAUUCAGAAUGGAAUUAUUCCAGCUCCAAUUGCCCAUCGCUUUAGAAGAAAUUUGGAAAAGUACAAGAGCAUGCAUUUGGAAUUAAUUCAAUACCAAAGUAAUGUCAAAGAGGAGCCCACAGCAGAAGAAGCUGUUGAAUGUUGGAAAAAAUACUAUGAACUAAUAAUGCUGUGUGGCUUGUUGAAAAUAUGGGAAGAUUUACGUUUAAGAGCUCAUGGACCCCUGGCCCCAAGGAUACUGAAGCGUAGAAAAGGACACAGACAAAAUGGAGAAAUUGUAACUUACAUUGUUGCAAAAACAGUAACAGCAGAAGUGGCUAAAGAAUUAUCCUCUGAUACAGUUGUUCAACAGAAUGAGAACCUAAACGUAGCUUUGGACCGUUGUUAUAGUGGUGAUAAUGUGCUUAUUUUCCCUGGAGAAUAUAAAGCAUCAAACCUGUCUAUGUUAACUGAAGAUAUUAUUAUUAAAGGAGUUGGAAAACCAGAGGAAAUUGUGAUUGUUUCAGAACCUGCUAAUGAGUGUUUUGUAGUAUCUAGGGCUAAAAAUGUCAAAUUCAUGAAUAUUACAUUGCUUCAGCAAGGGACUGUUGAUGGAAUUAUUGUAGUUGAAUCUGGACACACAAUUGUGGAAAAUUGUAUAUUGAAGUGUGAAGGAACUGGUAUUUGUGUACUCGUUGGGGCUUCAUUGACAAUUACAAAUAGUGAGAUUACUGGAGCACAGGGAGCUGGUGUUGAGUUAUAUCCAGGAAGUGUGGCUACCUUGGAGGAUAACAAAAUUCACCAUUGCAAUAACUUCAGAAUGAGUGACUCUUCACGGGGUAGUCUUGGUGGAAUUAACAUUAAGGUCCUCCCUGCUCCUAAACUAAAGAUGAAAAAUAACCAUAUUUAUAGUAACAAUGGUUACGGAGUGACAAUUAUGAAGCCUUCUGAACAGCUGGGCACCACAGCAGAAGAAACAAUGGAAUGUGCUGCAGGAGGAGAUGGAGAAGAUUCUGUUUCUAAACUGAUGCAGGAACUGACCCUUCAGAUAAAUGCAAAUACACUGGAAGACAUUAAAGGCAUCAGCAUAGUUAACUGAAGCUGCAGGGUCUCAUGGUUUAGCCAUUUCCUAUAGCACAAGAGAUAAGUUAAUAUUAAAAAUAUUGCUGUAUAAUAAAUACUGUUAAAACAGUGGCUUUAUAAACAUUUCAUAGGUAGAGAAAACUGAAAAGUGUGGUAUGGAUACAUUUAAACUUAUUUUUUUUAUUUAAUCACUUGUAUCAGUAAUUUAAUAAAUCAAAGGAUUGAAUUCUAUAUGUACCCUUCCAUCAUAUUCAUAUACGUUGUUAUUUAGGAAUGCAAUCUUCGAAGAUUAGGAUAGACUGGCUCUAGGAAAAAGUUAAAACCAAAUCAUUGAAUCUACUAUGCUUAUCAAUUUUAUUUUUACUACAUUGUAAUUAGCAAUAUUAGAUACCAGGACAAAUAGAAGUUUUCUUUUACCAGUCUCCAUAAAACUUAAGCAUUAUAUUAUUAUUUUUUUAAAAAAGGGAGAAACUACAUCCUUAGAGAUAGUCCUAAUUUGUAAAGCUGUGAUAAUGACUUCUGUCUAUAUUACAGACUAGGAUAUCAUCCAUUGUAGAUACAGGGCUGCUUCAAAAAUCAGACUUAAAAAGUGCUCAUCAGUCAUUCUUUACCAAAUCGGAGAGAGGAGUUGAUUGGGAUUUUUAAUAUUUUAUUAUUUUGAAGGAAGAGAGGAUGCUUAUCAGAUUUAUAGAUGACACAAUGUUUAGUGGGAUAACUGAUGUCUUUGUUCUUAAAAAUUUGCAAUACUGUUAACACUAAAAAAAGAUAAAGAAUUAUAUAUUCCAGUAAAUCCAACUCUUAGCUACAACUAAGUUACAGCUACAGUUCUUUGAGCUUCACAUAGUAAUACUGGAAGGUUUGGAUCCAUUCCCAGGCAGAAGUGAUGGCAAUAAAUUCAAUCUUGUGUUGUCACAAGUUACAUAAAAAAAAUUGAUUUGUUUGUGAGGGCCCUAAAGACUAAACCCUAAUAAACAUGCAGUAAAUGCAUUUUAAUCAAUUUUAAUUCAUUUUAAUUAUUUUAAUGAAUUAAUCACUUAGUUAAAAUGCUAUCCACAUUGAGGAUUAGUGUAAUGUAUAAGCCCAAUCACACAGAAAUCAGCUGUCUACAUUCAGACCUUUAUCCCCUGAGGCCAGUGAACAUAAGCCAUAAUCAACUUAGAAAACUAGAUGAGUAUAACAAACAUUUUAUUAGGUGAGAAAAGAAUUCCAUCUUCUAAAAAUGAAAUAUUUUCCUCAAAUAGCCACUAUUUUGUGUUCCUAUAUAUGUAAUUAUAUGCCAUAUUUAUUUGAUUUCUAUCUUUAUAGCAAGGUGAUUGAAUCCCUAGUUGAAGAAUGCUGUAAGGCAUUUGGGAUGGUACAGGUAUAUACUAUCCUAACUCAUAUCAUGGCUGAGAAGUAUUAAAGAGGUAGAUAGGAAGAGAUUUAAUUUAUACAUUUCUGCUCAGAUGAGCAUUCAGAGUGGUUACCAUCCCUGACUUGCACUGCACAUCUUAUACACUCUUCAGACACCCUACCCAACCCACACCCCCAUACACCAAGAAAAGGGGAAACACCCCAAUGGUCCAUUGGUUGUCUAGUCCAACCUACUGGUACUACCACAUUAAAUAACGAUCUGGAAUCCUGGUGUAUAUUUUCAAAGACACUCACCAAUUCGUACAUGUUUCUCGAGUACUUGCCUGGUAGAAAAAAAAUUUGGUCUACAUAGCCACGAAUUGAUUUAAAGCAGUACUAUUCCUGAAGAUUCUCACACUGGCUAUAGGAGAGUUCUGAUAAUCUGUGCAAGGACCUUUUCAAUCAGACAAGACCGAUUCCAUGACAGUUUUCACAUUGUGUCCUGUCACUCUAUUUAACCAUGGGAACAAUAACAGCAAGUUUCUAAUUAACUGGAACCCAUUUUUUUUCUAGCCUAUUGGGAACAACCAAUAAAUAUCAAUUAUUACAGUUCCUGCAACUUGACCAUCAAAUGACUGGAAUUCGGCAAGAAUGUAACCAAACAAGAGGUGUAUAUUCCAAAAACGUACAAAUAUUUCAAGUCAAUUAGAAUAUGAAGCCAGUUUGGUGUAGUGGUUAAGGCAUCGUUAGAAACCACAAGGCUGCAAGAGGUGCUGCUUGGAUC